AUGGACGGCGAGGAAGGAAGUACAAAAUUGAACGUCGUUGGUUUAAUAUCGGGGGGAAAGGACAGCAUACAGAAUUUGAUUUACUGCUCCAAAAAUGGUCAUGACAUUAUCUCAUUGGCUCACCUUAUACCGUACGAGAAUCAAAAUGAGACUGACAGUUUUAUGUACCAGAGCGUUGGAUUUGACCUCAUUCCUGAAAUCGCGAAGUGUAUGGAAAAGCCCCUCAUUCAGCAUCGAAUUAAAAGAAAGGCAAUAAAUGUGGGCUUGGAUUAUGUGUACAAUUCUGAUGACGAGGUUGAGGAUCUGUAUGAGUUGCUACUCAAGGUUAAGACUAAGUACCCUCACGUAAAUGCAGUAUCAUGCGGGGCGAUUCAGUCCAAUUAUCAGAAAAAGCGCCUGGAGCACGUAUGUGAAAGGUUAAAUUUGCAAAUUUUGGCCUAUUUGUGGGAAAGGGAUCAGAAAGAACUGCUACAAAAUAUGAUUGAGGGCGGACUGCAUGCCAUUCUCGUGAAAGUCGCUGCUUACGGCUUAACAAAGGAACACGUGGGAAAAUCGAUAAAAGAAAUGUACAGCUAUCUCGAAAUGAUGAAUAACAAAUACGGCUUGAGCAUAUGUGGCGAAGGAGGAGAAUAUGAAACGUGCACUUUGGAUUGUUCCCUUUACAAGCACAAAAUUGUAAUAGAGGAGUAUAAAAUAAUUCAGCACACAGAAGAUUCGGUGUGCCCCGUGUUUUUAUUUAAGCCUUUGAAGUGGAGACUUGAGAAAAAGAAUCUCUAA